GUCUUAGAUCUACCACAGAGGAGUGAAAUGGUGUGCUAGUGUCUUUGAAAACCUUUAUCAGUAAUUUCAUUAAAAAAAAGUAAGCUCAAUGGCGGACCUUGACAACUUACUGAACGAGCAGCGGAGCAGAGGCGGCGAGGAGCUGGCACGCUCCACCUGCACCUCCGCCGCCACCUCGGGCAAGGAGAGCGCCUCCGACCUCUCCAUGAACAGCCCGGUGGAGCAGCAGAAGCUCAUCUCAAGCUUCCUGGCGAGUAAGACCAGCGGCGGCGUCACGGAGGCUCCGUCGCUCGCCGCUUGCAAAGGCACGGAGACGCAUUACGAGUCAAUUAGGAAGCGAUUCGAGGUGAAGACCCUGGACGAAACGGACAUCUGCAAAGGCGCCGUCGGCCAAGACAAGGUCAAGGAGGCCGACGAUUCGCCUCCCUCGACGUGUUCCCUGAAGAAGCCCGCCUCCGCCCGACCCGAGCCUUCUGCUGCGGCGCCGAAGGAGGACGUCGAGAAGAGGAGCGACCUCGUGAAGGCGGAAGGCGUAGCAAUUGACGAUUCUUCAUGUAAGGGGACGGAGAACUUAGUUAAAAUUAGGCAACAGGUAGGAAACACUCAGUCCCCAGAGGCUGAAUAA